CAGAAGACUCUCGCGAGAGCGGAGAUCUCGCACCGGGGCCCCAGGACUCCCAGGACGAAACUCGCGCGUGCGUCCUCGCUUCGGUCAGUGUCUGAGAACUCGGAGGUGAGAGCGUCUAAGAGGCGCCAUGUUCCUCACCGCCGCCCUCCUCCGCGGCCGCAUUCCGGGACGGCAGUGGAUCGGGAAGCACCGGCGGCCACGGAACGUGUCUUCCCAGAUGAAGGCGAACAUGCUGCGUCGCCUGGAGGUGGAGGCCGAGAACCACUACUGGCUAAGCAUGCCCUACAUGACGGCGGAGCAGGAGUACGGUCACGCCGCGCAGCGCCGGGCGCAGGCGUUCGAAGCCAUCAAGGCGGCCGCCACUUCCAGAUUCCCCGCGCACAGAUACGUCGCCGACCAGCUAGGCCAUCUCAACGUCACCAAGAAAUGGUCCUGACCUGGAGUCAUCACCUUUGCGCUUAUGGAGACGAGACUGUUGUGUACUUUCCGGGCCCCGGAGCUGAAGGAAAAUGUAAUUUAUGUAACCUUCGACCAGAAUAUUAUUAAAGCAAACAUGAUUAAUA